GAGACUCCCCCGUCAGCCCCAGGCAGGGCAAGGCAGCGAAAGAGGCAGCUCUCCCCCACUCCUCCAGCAAAGACCCCACGGGCUCCCGGCUGAGAUGGCAAUGGAGGGGCAGCAGCGUCCGGACAAAAAUGGCUUGAAGAACCAGAUUAUCCGUGUGGGAACCAGGAAGAGCCAGCUGGCCCGGAUCCAGACGGACAGCGUGGUGCAGAUGCUGCAGGAACACCACUCGCACCUCCGCUUCGAGAUUGUUGCCAUGUCCACCACUGGGGACAAGAUCCUGGACACGGCGCUGUCCAAGAUUGGGGAGAAAAGCCUCUUCACCAAGGAGCUGGAAAAUGCACUGCAAAGGAAGGAGGUUGACUUGGUGGUGCACUCCCUGAAGGACCUGCCCACGUCCCUCCCGCCCGGCUUCACCAUUGGCGCCGUCUGCAAGAGAGAGAGCCCCUACGACGCCGUGGUCUUUCACCCCAGACAUGCUGGCAAAACCCUCAGCAGCCUCCCCGAGAAGAGUGUGAUUGGGACCAGCUCACUUCGUCGGGCAGCUCAGCUGAAGAGGAUGUUCCCUCAGCUGGAAUUCCGGGAUAUUAGGGGCAAUUUGAACACCCGCUUGAAGAAGCUGGACGAGAAGGAGGACUUCAGCGCCAUUGUUCUGGCUGCUGCCGGCCUGCGGCGGAUGGGCUGGGAGAGCCGCAUUGGCCAGAUCCUGAGCCCCACGGAGUGCUUAUACGCUGUCGGGCAGGGUGCCCUAGCUGUGGAGGUGAGAGCCAGAGACCAGGAGAUUCUGGACAUGGUGUCUGUUCUGCACGAUGGGGAGACCGUGCUGCGCUGCAUUGCCGAGAGGGCCUUCAUGAAGCACCUGGAGGGUGGCUGCAGCGUGCCGGUGGCAGUGACCACCCUGCUGAAGGACUUUCAGUUAUAUAUGACUGGAGCCGUUUACAGCCUGGAUGGAUCCGACAGCCUGCGGGAGACCAUGCAAACCAGCGUGAAUUUCUCACAGGAGAACGGAGAUGGGCCCAAUGAUGACAUCCAGCACGUCGGCAUCACAGCCAAGAACAUCCCCCACCUGGCUCAAGAGGCUGCAGAGAAGCUGGGCAUUGAGCUGGCUGGGCUGCUGUUGAGCCGAGGGGCCGGGCACAUCCUCAGCGUGGCCAGGCAGCUGAACGACGCCUGAGGGGCUGCUCCCCACACCACUUGCCAAUUUCUCCCCUCUCUUAGAGAUCUUAAUUUAUUACGGUAGCUACCACUGUUCAUUUCAGCUCCUACAGACUGGCUAAUAGUCUCAUUUUUUGCUGAAUGUUGCUGCUGGCAAGGAUCAUUCCCAGUAACACACAGCUCAAAAUUCGAGGAACCCUCACAAAGAAGCUGGACUCACACUUUUGUUCUUACACAAGGCAGAGGCGGGGUACCAGUUGUAUAGAAUUAAGUGAUUCAUAUUGGUUUAUAAUUAUUGCCAAAAUUGAUUAAAGACAUCUAAACUGAAA